AUGCUUUUCAACGCCGCCGUUUUCCCCGUCUUGGCCGCUUCUUUGGUUGGUUUUGUCGCUGCAGAUGACAGCACUCUCACUCUGACGAUCACCGUCACCAAAACUUUGCUCACUCCUCAAGAGUCAUCAUCGAUAAGCGCUGCUUCAGUUGCUAGUGCCGCUUCCGUCAGCUCGGUUUCGGCAGCUUCAGUGGCAAAAGUGGCUGCCGCAUCGCUUUCCUCGGUCAGCGCUGCCAGUGCUGCAAGUGCAGCAAGUGCUGCUUCGGCCGCUAGUGCUUCUGCAGCCAGUGCAGCUUCCGUUUCUGCAGCUUCUGCAGCUUCUGCAGCCAGUGCAGCCAGUGUUGCUUCGGCCACUUCUGUUGCUUCCGCGGCUUCUGCUAAGUCUGCCGCUUCUGUUGCUUCGGCUGCUUCUGUUGCUUCUGUUGCCGCAGCUGCUUCGGCUGCCUCCGUCGCUUCGGCCGCUUCCGCUGCCUCUGUGGCUUCGGCCAAGGCCAAGCCUACCCUUGACGGGUUUAAAGGCGUGGUGGCCGUGGCUUCUCGUAACGCCACGGCGUCUCUGACAAAGGCUCCCUAUGCAAUCUCCAACUCGACUUGGGCAAACUCCACUUCAGUUCACUCGUCCAAAUCCCACACCAAGACGUUGUCCAAGUCUUCUUUGUCGACUGUGGCUGCUGAAUCGACCACUGCACAACUGACAAAGGCGGCAUCAACGUCGUCAAAGGGUGGUGCUGCUCACAUGGAAGCCACCGCCGGAGUUGCUCUUGGCCUUGUGGGUUUGGCUGCUGCUCUUUUGUGA